AUGGGAAAGAAGCCAAUCGUCACCAAGAGCCACAUUAUGAAGUUGGCCUCUCAAGAGGCAAUGGCCGAUCGAGAAACAGGAGCAUCGAGGCGUAACAGCUGGAUAGAGAACGAACCGACGCUCACUGAAGAUUCAGCCAACGUAUUCGACGAGUUGUGCAAUGCUACCAAAGAAGGCGAUUUGGAAAAAACGGAAAGUCUCGUGCGUAACUUUGGUGCUCCUAUCAAUAUGGUUGAUAACUUUCAAUGCAAUCCACUUUAUUAUGCUUGUCUAUGUGGUCACUAUGAGGUUGUCAAAUUUCUGCUGGAGAAUGGCGCUCAAUGCGAUCCAAACACCUUUACAGGCGAACGGUGUCUUUAUGGUGCAUUGAAUGAUAAGAUUCGACGACUCUUGCGAUCGUACAAGUUUUCCAAAGCAAUCAAUGAGAAUCAGCCUUAUCUUCAAUUCUUGACGGAUUUACACGAUGAUCAUCCUUAUCACGACCUCACCUUUGUUAUAUCCGACAUCUUCGACGACACCGAAUUCCCUGUACAACGAUUUGUGAUGGCUGCUCGAUCCAAGUACUUUCGUGAACAGCUAUUGGGUCGAUGGUGGAAUCAAUCCACGGUGAAACUUUCAUCCAAAUUGGUCAAUGCGACGGCAUUUGCUUCAGUACUACAAUAUCUAUAUACCGGUCAGCUUGUCGAUAUCAAUACCGAUGUGUUGGAGAACAUGAUUUUUGUCAGCAAACAUUUGCAUAUGCCGGAUUUGCAGGCACGAUGUGAGGAGUUACUACAAGAGGGGAAGACAUCCAAGAAUGCUUUGCGUGCACAGGAUGCCAAAGAAAUGGCCAAGAUUCGAAACGACUAUGAAGCCUUUUUGGAGACAUUGUUUGCGUUUGCCGCCCAUGUCAACAAGAGCGACAAGGAUAGCCAUCUUUAUACGGUGACUCAAUCAUGGCUCGAGCAACCUGAUGAUGAAGAAAAGAUAAACGACACACCAUCACCACCACCAGAGGCAACCUUUGCGGAUGUCGGCAUUUUGAUUGACAACAUCGUAUUCCCAUGCCACAAGGCCUUUUUAUGCCGCACACAGUUUUUCGAUAUUAUGUUGGAAGGCACCUUUUCAGAAGCCGAUGUCCAAACCUCAUGCAUUCGUUACAGCGAAGGACGCGAGUUACAUUUACCCUUGGUUGAGCUUCAUGAAGUAUCGGCCGAAGCGUUUGGCUAUGUCAUGGAAUACUUGUAUACGGAUCGAUGCACCAUUCCAGUGGAGGAGGCUUACGACGUAUUGCUCGCAGCUGAUAUGCUUAUGCUUGAUCGUCUCAAAUCCAUUGCAGCUAUCGCAUUGACUACGCCCGAUGAGCCUAUACUUGAUAUUUACGACUUGACGCGUACGGCAGUGAGUCUCAAUGUCGAUCGACUUGAACAAUGGUGCAUUCGUUACUUUGCCGAUCAUCUGGAUGAUUACAUCAAGGAAAAACGAUUUCACGACCUUAUUCGUGAGAGUGCUCAAUCCAUUGCAGGACGUGAGGAAACAGAUUCGAUUCCUCUUAUUGAUGAUCUACGGUACUUUUUGGGCAAGAAGUAUUGCAUUUUCGAAGAAGACAUGAAUCCAGAAGGACGUGUUUCUGAGGAAUACAAGGAUACAUGGACUGAAUUGGAGACGCUGUACAAUGAAAAGUUAGAGAUGCUAGAUAAUAUCCUCGAAUCGCUUGGAUUAGAAGCUUAG